AGCCUCUCCCCUUGGGCUCCGAGGCCAGCGGGAACGGGGAGAGCUGUUUGGGACCCAGUUUGGAGGGCGGGGAGGAGCUCUGAGCACAGCCCCCGUACUGUUCCUGCUGUGCCCGCUGCUUGGAAAUGAUCUUUGGAAAUUGCCCUCACCGCCGCCCCGCCUGCUCGGCGAGCCCCAUCUUGAGGCAGUGGCCCUGGAUCUGACUUUCUCCCACUGAGCUAGUUUCCCCGAGCUUUCUUCUCAGCUUUCCAGGGCCUUCUCCUAACCCUUCUCCAGCCCCUGGGACCUUGGCUCUGGCCCGGGCCGCUCCACCGGUGGGCCUUGCUGGUGGGUGGGCCCAAGCCCAUUUCCCCUGCCCUGAACGCGUCCUGCCCUUAAGGAGCCACAUCUCAGGGCAGACCAGGGGAACAGGAUAGAAGGUGGCGUGCUAAGUCCCCCGGGCUCUGACCUUUCCUACCAUGUGGUGGGUUUGCCACUUGCCCAAGGCCUCUUGGGGCCCUGGUCUGGGAAGAGUACUCCAGCCAGCAGAUGGACGAAUCCCCUUCCUGAUCCACUGGAGUUGGCCCCAUAAAGGGGAGCGUCCCCUUGGGCUCUCUAGGGCCUUUAUACGUCACCAUGGAAGCUCAGCAGGCAGUGGUCCUCCAUCCAGAAGGCAUGGACAGCUGUUCCAGGACAUCUCUGCAUCUGAAGCUGUCCAGCACUAUCGCCGGAAUCUGGCCGAGUGGUUCAGCCGGCUACCCAGAGAAGAGCGCCAGUUCGGCCCGACUUUUGCACUAGACACGGUCCAUGUAGACCCUGUGAUCCGCGAGAGCAGCCCAGAUGAGCUGUUUCGCCCAACGGCAGAGCUGGCCCUGGAGCAUCAGCCACCCCUAGCCGGUCUCCCCGCACUGGCUCUGUCCCAGCUCUUUGACCCAGAUGCCUGUGGGCGCCAGGUGCAGACAGUGGUGCUCUAUGGGACAGUGGGCACGGGGAAGAGCACACUGGUGCGCAAGAUGGUCUUGGACUGGUGUUAUGGGCAGCUGCCAGCCUUCGAGCUGCUCAUCCCCUUCUCCUGCGAGGAUCUGUCAUCCCUGGGCCCCGCCCCCGCCUCCUUGUGCCAACUUGUGGCUCAGCGCUACACGCCCCUGAAGGAGAUUCUGCCCCUGCUGGCUGCUGCUGGGUCCCGCCUGCUCUUUGUGCUCCAUGGCUUGGAGCAUCUCAACCUCGACUUCCGGUUAGCCGGAACAGGGCUUUGCAGUGACCCCGAGGAGCCAGAGGCGCCAGCUGCCAUCAUUGUCAACCUGCUGCGCAAAUACAUGCUGCCCGAGGCCAGCAUUCUGGUGACCACCCGGCCCUCCGCCAUCGGCCGAAUCCCCAGCAAGUAUGUGGGCCGCUAUGGCCAGAUCUGUGGCUUCUCUGAUACCAACCUGCAGAAGCUCUACUUCCAGCUCCGCCUCAACCAGCCAGACUGUGAGUACGGUGCUGGGGGUGCAGGGAUCUCGGCCACGCCAGCUCAGCGUGACAAUCUGGUGCAGAUGCUCUCCCGGAACCUGGAGGGGCACCACCAGAUCGCCGCCGCCUGCUUCCUGCCCUCCUAUUGCUGGCUUGUCUGUGCCACCUUGCACUUCCUGCAUGCUCCCACACCGGCUGGACAUACCCUCACGAGCAUUUACACCAGCUUCCUGCGUCUGAACUUCAGUGGGGAGAUGCUGGACAGCACUGACCCCUCCAAGCUGUCCCUAAUGGCCUAUGCAGCCCGAACCAUGGGCAAGUUGGCCUACGAGGGGGUGUCCUCCCGCAAGACCUACUUCUCUGAAGAGGAUGUCCGUGGCUGCCUGGAAGCUGGCAUGAAGACUGAAGAAGAGUUCCAGCUGCUACAUGUCUUCCGCCGGGACGCCCUGAGGUUUUUUCUGGCCCCGUGUGUGGAACCAGGGCGCCAGGGCACCUUUGUGUUCACCGUGCCUGCCAUGCAGGAAUACCUGGCCGCCCUCUACAUCGUGCUGGGUUUGCGGAAGACGACCCUGCAGCGGGUGGGCAAGGAAGUGGCCGAGCUCGUGGGCCGCGUCGGGGAGGACGUCAGUCUGGUCCUGGGCAUUGUGGCCAAGCUUCUACCCCUGCGAGCCCUGCCUCUGCUCUUCAACCUGCUCAAGGUGGUUCCAAGAGUGUUUGGGCGCGUGGUGGGUAAGAGCCGCGAGGCGGUGGCCCAGGCCAUGGUGCUGGAGAUGUUCCGAGAGGAGGACUACUACAACGACGAUGUCCUGGACCAGAUGGGUGCCAGUAUCCUGGGCGUGGAAGGCCCCCGGCGCCAUCCAGACGAGCCUCCCGAUGAUGAGGUCUUUGAGCUCUUCCCCAUGUUCAUGGGAGGGCUUCUGUCCGCGCACAACCGGGCCGUGCUGGCUCAGCUCGGCUGUCCCAUCAAGAACCUGGAUGCCCUGGAGAACGCCCAGGCCAUCAAGAAGAAGCUGGGCAAGCUGGGCCGGCAGGUGCUGCCCCCAUCAGAGCUCCUGGACCACCUGUUCUUCCACUAUGAGUUCCAGAAUCAGCGCUUCUCUGCUGAGGUGCUCAGCUCCCUGCGCCAGCUCAACCUGGCCGGUGUGCGCAUGACACCCCUCAAGUGCACAGUGGUGGCAGCUGUGCUGGGCAGCGGAAGGCACGCCCUGGAUGAGGUGAACUUGGCCUCCUGUCAGCUGGAUCCUGCCGGGCUGCGCACACUCAGGCCUGUCUUCCUGCGUGCCCGGAAGCUGGGCUUGCAACUCAACAGCCUGGGCCCCGAGGCCUGCAGCGACCUCCGAGACCUGCUGCUGCACGACCAGUGCCAGAUCACCACCCUGCGGCUGUCCAACAACCCGCUGACAGCGGCCGGUAUGGCCCUGCUGCUGGAGGGGCUGGCCGGAAACACCUCCCUGACACACCUGUCCCUGCUGCAUACGGGCCUUGGGGACGAGGGCCUGGAGCUGCUGGCCACCCAGCUGGACCGUAAUCAACAGCUGCAGGAGCUGAACGUGGCCUACAAUGGUGCUGGUGACACAGCGGCCCUGACCCUGGCCCAAGCUGCCCAGGACCACCCCUCCCUGGAGCUGCUGCAUCUCUACUUCAAUGAGCUGAGCUCAGAGGGCCGCCAGGCCCUGCGGGAUGUGGGGAGCACUGCUAAAGGUGGUGCCCGGGUCGUGGUAUCGCUGACAGAGGGGACAGCAGUGUCUGAGUACUGGUCGGUGAUCCUUAGUGAAGUCCAGCGGAACCUCAACAGCUGGGAUCACAGUCGUGUCCGGCGCCACCUUGAGCUGCUGCUUCGAGAUCUGGAAGACAGCCGAGGGGACACCCUUAACCCCUGGCGCAAGGCCCAGCUGCUGCGAGUGGAGGGUGAGGUCAGGGCCCUCCUGGAGCAGCUGGGAGGCCCUGGAAGCUGAAGCAGUGGCGGCAGUCACCGAGCUAUGUGACCCCUGGGCCCAAGACCCUUCCCUCUGUGGCCUCCUGGUUUGCACUACUACUUCCAGAAAGAUCCCUGUGGGGCUGGAGGUAAAGGAUAGGGCACAACUGUGCCAGUUGCUCUCCUGGGGCAUGUCCAACCAUUGCUCCCCCAAGUCUGGAAUUGCCAGGGUCAUGGAACGUGCCUCCUUCCAUUCAGCUAGGGCUGAGAAAGACUCUUCAUGUGGCAUCUUGGCAGCCAGUCGCCCUGUGGCACCACCAACCUCCUCCUCCACCAACCUCCAUCCUCUCGAGGAGCUUCCGAGUGUGCCACCAGGGGGCGCACUUCUCCUGCCCGCCUCCCCAGCGGUGUUGCCAUCAGAUGCGUUGGAGGGCCUCCACCUUCUGCCUUUCUGCUCAUCAGAGGACACGGAGGAUGCCCGGAGCCGCUUUCCUCUCUUGUUGGUGCCUUCUCCUCACCUUCACGCCCCCUUUCUCACAAUGUACUUAUGCUCAGUGGCUCCGAGGGGCCUGUGCACUGCCCUGCUUCUAUUAAAAAGCUGUGUCUUCUACCUA